CGCCGGUUUGGCUGUCCCGCUAUUCCCGCCAUCCAUAGAUGAACAAACUAGACCGAACCUGGACUCUGAACCAAGGAUCCCCUCUCCUACUUCACUCGCACUGGUCAAUCUAGAUACCUAGUAGCAACGACCUCAUGACAGCUUCCAACACAGGAAUCCAUAUCUUCCUCGUGCUGUCCUUGUCCUGUGUUUCCUACCUCGCUUCACACGCCGCCGCACUCUCCUUCAACUACAGCGGUUCCUCCGAUUACCCGGGUCUGAUCUCUCGCCGUGAUGCGCCCCUUGCAAUUAACACCACCGCAGGCAUAUCCAGUGUCCUCGCCGCCGGUCUGUGUUAUUGCGAGGCGUGGCCUAGGGGGUCCGACGCCGGGCAUGUACUCUUUAACAUCGGUGAAGUCGACUCAUCAACAUCUUUCGAUAGAAAUUACUAUGUAUCUGUAGGAGGACAAUCUUCUGCUUUAUUUGCACUGAAGCAACUGGUGAACUGCAGCACCGACCUUGCCUUCCUCAUAGUCCAAGCGUUCCAAGAGAAUUCAUUUGAACUUGGUCUGUCAUGCUCUGGUGGUUCUCUGGGAGGUUUGGAACUUCGCUCCCUUCCAGGUUACACAAGCACGCGAGGAAUCGGAAGAGUGCCCCGUAGCCAGUCUUACAGAGCGCUGUACUCGCACAGGCUGCGCGACCAGCCUACGGCGAGAAGGUUGCUUUCUUCUACGUAUGAACUGAAUGCGACGACACAGCCAAGGCAGGUUGCGUCGUCUUGGAUAGAGCAAGUAUUUGUUGCAGGUUCAGCUUUGGUCGGGUUGAUUUGCGCCGUGGCGGGACUUCUGCUCUGCUGCAUCCGUAUCAAGAGGCCGCGGCAGAAAAUUUCGGAUAUCGAACUCGAAGAGGAUGACGAUGAAAUCAUAAUGGAACAUGAUUUCCGGCAUGGAGUGGGACCUAGGCGUUUCCGCUACGGUGAGCUCGCCGCCGCGACGGACAAUUUCGCGGCGAAGAGAAAGAUCGGGAGAGGGGGAUUUGGUCCGGUGUACAGGGGCUACUUGAGCGAGGAAGGCCGCCAUGUGGCGAUCAAGGCGCUCUCCAAGGAGCUAUCCGUGCAGGGUCUCAAGGAGUUUCACGCCGAGGUCGCCAUCAUGCCCCAGCUCAGGCACCGCUACGUCGUCCGACUGGUUGGCUGGUGCGCUCGCCGGAGAGGACUAGCGCUCGUCUACGAGCUCAUGCCGGGCGGCAGCCUCGACACGCAUCUCUACAGUCCGGACAGACACUUGACUUGGCCAGAGAGGUACAAGAUCGCGCUUCAGCUGGGCUCAGCCUUGCGGUACCUCCACACGGAAUGCGACCAGUGCGUCGUGCACGGCGACAUCAAACCUGCAAACGUGAUGCUCGACGCGUCCGGCAACGCCAAGCUCGGAGACUUCGGGCUAGCGAGGCUCGUCAACCACGGCGCCGAGCCGCAGACAACGCAGGUCGUCGCGGGCACCGUCGGGUACAUCGAUCCGGAGUUCGUCAGCAGCCGGAGGCCGAGCGCCGAGUCCGACGUGUACAGCUUCGGCGUCGUGCUCCUCGAGAUCGCCUGCGGCAGACGGCCUACGACGUCGAGGCGAUCGGACCAGGCAGCCUCGGCGGCGCUGCUGGCUUCGGUCCGCGACAUGUACCGCCGGAAUGUGAUCCUAGAAGCGGCGGAUCGGAGGCUGGACGGCGAGUUCGACAGGAUGCAGAUGGAGCGUCUGCUCGUGACGGGGCUUUGGUGCGCGCACCAUUACCCGGUGCAGCGGCCGUCCGUUGCGCAGGCUCUGGAUGUGCUACGAUCUGAAGGCGCGGAGCUGCCGGUGCUUGUAACGAUGGGUGAUUCUGGAGAGAUUCUCGCGUUGGAGGGACAGGCUUAUGGUGAUUUGUCUGACGAGAGCUCCGCUUAUUUGGAUGAAUCCGAUGAAACUGCGUACCUUACUACCGAGGAUUCAACUUAUCUGUUGCAAAUGUAGGCAAGCAAACCACUUAUUAGGAAUUAAAGCUUGCCUUAAAACUAUGUUCAGAGGAACUUGACAUAGUAUGGGGACCAGGGCAAGUUCUGCUUGCAGUCGGCAACGGCAACGGAAUGGCGAAGGUCACCAGCGAGGUCUACUGGGACCCAAAACAAAACCCAGUUAGAAGGUUCUACUAUUGCCAUUUGUUUGCUCACUAGAUCGAUUGAAGAUAGUUGGCGGACCUAGGAUUUUUCUAAUGGGUAUGCCGCACCAAAAAUUUGACGGUGAUUUUGAUAAAAUAA